AUGGAGCCAACUAUCCUGAUCAAAGGGCUACAUGUAUAUAACCAAUGUGACCGCAGGACAGGCAAGGGUUUAGACUGGAAUUUGAAUUUUUUUUUUUCAAUCUAGCAUGUUUUUAUUAGGUACCCUGAUGAAAUAGGCACGAAGGUGGUGUCAAUGCAAGAAUGCCCUUUAACAUUCACAUUCAUUUCCUGGAGCCCCAAAUUCCUGGUUUACCGAAUAACCCUGUAUUGUUUACUAUGUUACAUUAUUAAACAAGGAAGCAAGAUUUAUAUUCCACUUAACAUAAACAUAAAUCGAAUUUACUAUGAGCACUUUUGAUCAAUGAUGCUGGUGAUUUAAAUAUCUAUGAUGCCAGUAUUUGAAUGAUAAAAUGUGCAAGCCUGAGAGUGUUAUUAUUAUACGAUUCAACUGGAUAUGAUUCCUCAGUUGCAAAUUGCAAAAGCAGGGCUCUCAACCAUUUUUUUUAAUUUAAAUCUGAUUUAACGUACUACAUAAAAUCCUAUGCUUUCCUGCUCUUGUAGAGUGAGAGCUGCUUAAAAUGUUUUCACUUUCUAAAUAUUAACAAUAUUCAUCCUGUAUAAUGGGCAUUUCCUCUACUGGUCCCAUUGUUGUAUAUGUCUGGAUGUCCCAUUUUCUCUCCUCCUCCUUUUUUAUUUUGUGCUCUGGUCCAUUAGUGCUUGUAUUACAUUGUGUGACCAUAUCCAUCCUUCACUCACUUCCCCCCUUCCUUCAUUCCCCCUCCUCCAUUCAGUCUCUCCUCCCCCAGCUCUCUUUGUUGCAGGGUGUGUGUGCAGCUGCAGUGAAGGGGCUGUGAACAGCAUCCUGUAUCCCUCCAUCACCAGACAGACAGGUGGGUUCAAAGACCUGGUACCUUUCCAAGAUAAUGAGAGAGGUUGUCAUCUGUGUGCUUUUAAUGCGUAUAACCUCCUGUGUUACUUCACCCCUAUAUCUGUGUCCUCCUGUACCCCUGGAGAGCCUGACACAGCCUUGCCCCUCCCUGCUGCCCCCUCCAUCUUCACAGACAAGGAAUCUCUAAAAUAUGCAGAGCUGUAUUUGCAUGAAUUUUGAUACAGAAUUGCAGACUGCAUUUGCUAGACUGGAAAUAUUCAAUUUAUAGAACAGAUGGUUUGGAUAUAAAUGUAUAUGGUAGAGAUAUAUGCAUUGAUUUAUGAAACAUGUUUUGAUAUUUGCUAAAUAUGAUUGCUCUGGGAAGGAUGUUUUUGUAAGAUUUGCUAUUGACAGCUCAAACCUUAUGGCCUGCAUGUUUGUCAUGAUAAAACAGUGACUGUUUGUUGAUUAAUAUACUGUGUUCAAAAACUGGACUACAAAUCUUUACCCACUGUCUUUCUUUCUGUACCCCCAAAAAAGCAAAAAUCUUUCAAAAUAAAGAAUUAUAUAUAUAUAUAUAUAUAUAUAUAUAUAUAUAUAUUGUGUUCCAUCUUGGUCUCACAAUGUAGCUCUAAAUUGAUGUAUUGUAGACAUAGAUAGUCACACAUAUAGACACUUAUAUAAGUGUUUUAGGCCUGUAGUAUUAGCAAUGUCUGUAGGUAUUCCUAUUAAAAGGAAUUGAUACAUUUAGAGUCAUUUUGAUUCUUCUCGGUUUAUUAGUAUAUGUGUAUAAGUGAUAUACACCACAGUGAGGAUAUUUGCUGCAAUUACAUGUUUUUGCUAACGGUAAAUGCUAAUUUCCCAAAAUGUUAAAGGAACACUCCAAGUUCCAAGAAUGUUUUGGAGGUGUCCCAUCGUAACCAAUCAAACUGUAUCAGCACGAUUUGACACUUGCCUGGGGUCAAACAGACACCCUUGUUGAUUUCAAGCUUGUAAGAGCUGGAUGUCAAUCAUGUGUAAGACAGCGCACACACAAAAAUACUAUUUAAAAUUUUGUAAGGCUACUCAAAAUCACCUAUCUCAGCAAACAAAUAUGGGAUUCAGUUCCACCAUAUGGCCAUAUUGUAUUAAGCCCACCACUACACCACAGUACCCCAAUAUCGGUGGGUCCUACACUAAUUUUAACGUGGAACACAAAUAAAUAGUGCUAAAUUAACUGAAGCGUAUUUUAUUAUUCUGUUGUAAGAGCAUUGUGAAUAUAUAUAAUGCAAAAUAAAUAUGAUUAAAAAAAAACACCAUUCAAAAAAAUAGUGUCAAAACUAAACAAUAAAAGUGAUAGUGCUUUGAUGUAUACACUCACAAUGCAAAUCAUAUCUGAUCUAUAUCACAUUAAAAUUAUUAUUAAAGUGACAUUGCUUUCUAAAACCUCCUUAAAGGACCACUAUAGUGCCAGGAAAACAUACUCGUUUUCCUGUCACUAUAGUGCCCUGAGGGUGCCCCCACCCUCAGGGUCCCCCUCCCGCCGGGCUCUAGGGGGAGGAAGGGGUUAAACUUACCUCUUUCUCCAGUGCCGGGCGGGGGACUCUCCUCCUCUUCCUCUCCGCCUCCUCUCCGCCUCCUCGGCUGAAUGCGCGUGCGCGGCAAGAGCCGUGCGCGCAUUCAGCCAUUCUCAAUGCUUUCCUAUGGACGCUGGCGUCUUCUCCCUGUGAAAGAAGACGCCAGCCACUAGAGGCUGGAUUAACCCUAUUAUAAACAUAGCAGUUUCUCUAUGUUUAUAGAAAAAAGGGUUAAACCUAGCAGGACCAGGCACCCAGACCACUUCAUUAAGCUGAAGUGGUCUGGGUGCUUAUAGUGGUCCUUUAAAGUUAUACUUUUCUGUGGUUACCUCCAAAGGGGCAUAAGCUGGAGGAUGGGGUGCUCCAUCCAAAAGGAAUCUGGUCUGGACUCCAAACAGACAAAGAAAAAAGAGAAUUGGGGGCACACCUUGAACAUGCAUUUCUCAUCAGUGGUGCUUCAGUAGAAACCAACAUUUUAAAUGGUCUCUACGGCAGAACCACUGCUGAGAAAUGCAUGUUCCGGUGUGCCCCCAAUUCCCAUUGUUUCUAUGUAGGGUUUCAUCCACUGGCUGAGAAUGUCAGCUGAACCAAUGAAUGAGUUCCUAUCUUGCACAAAAUUGACAUCAAGCUUCUACUGUCUCAGAAAAAUGGAAAGGGCCCAGUCGGACCCAGUAUUUAACCAAGCUAUUUUAGUUUGACAGGAUAUGGUAGAACUGCACACUGCAAUGGUUUUGACGCUUGGAGUGCCCCCUAAAAAGGCACACUCUAUGCACCAUAACCAUUAGAAUGGUUUACACUUCUGAAUGGUUUGUCACUUAUUUUAUGUUUGAAGCUUGUGGUCCUUCCGGUCUGAGUUGGUCUAAUGAAGCAGAAGUCCAUACUGCUGCAUAAUCAUUCCAACUCAUAUCUUUGUGCUCUAGGAUUAUUGGUGCCACUGUCCCUUUAAAUAUAAUAAAAUAAAUAAGCACAGUUCAAGUUUGUCAGAUGAUUGUGGCCCUAAGAUGCUUAAAAUGCAUAUAAUGACCCUUAAAGGAACGCUCCAUGAAGUCAAUGAAGUGGUUAUGGUGCCUGUAGUCCGCUGGUGCUAUCUUACCAUUUUUGGACAGUUUAAUACUAAAAAUGUUCCCCCAGGUGCCAGACUUCUGCCUCUCCUCCUGUGAUUGAGCUAAUAUGAAAGCAUUCACUUGAGCAGUAAAAGGGUGGCAGUGGUAGGCUGAGAGCACUAAUUUGGAGAGAGAGUUACAAUUUUAUGCCAAAAUAGAGGAGUAGCUGACACCCUCAGCCUAAAACUGGCCACUUGCCAAAACCUCUCCUCAAACUGGAGGUGGAAAGUAAGGAAACUGGGGGGCAGCAGUGUCUGGAUAACAACUUUGGGGCUAAACUGCUGUAGUAAUUAUGAGCACCCUGGCCCAGUUUCCCAGUAAAGGGGCAAACAGUUUAGUAACAGUGUGCAGUCUUACUUGGGUCCUUGCUGAUCUCAUUCCAUGUGUGGUGACGCUCUAAUCUAAUGAUUUUUGCACAUCCAGUGUAACUAAUAAAAAAAACAACAACAAAAACAACAAAAAAUAGGUUCAUAUAUCAGUCCUGAUUGUUAAAUGCAUAAAAUGUUCAGAAUGUAACCCUUUAAGGACCAAACUUCUGGAAUAAAAGGGAAUCAUGACAUGUCACACAUGUCAUGUGUCCUUAAGGGGUUAAAUUAUUUUUGAUAGUUAACGCCAACCGUAUAUCAACCCACAUACUAACGCAAUACCAACCAUACCCCUUACCCAAUGCUUACACUAAUUCUAACCAUAUGCCUUCCUUAAUCUUACACUUAACCUUAGUCCUACACAAUCUUAUACCUUUAAAUAGCAUUAAUAUCUUAUACCCAACAUUAACCAUUAAAUAACCCUAACCCUACCCCAACACUAACUGUAACAAUACCCUACUCCAAGCAUGUCAAACUCAAAGGCUAGCAUGGGCGAAAUAAAAAAGGUUUUAGUUUAUGCCGCAAAAAAAACCCCAAAACCUUAAAUUUUCAUUGAAACGUAGGUUUAUUUUGAAAAGUACAGUAUUAAAAAAAACAGCAUCCCCCUCUUCUAAACUCCAUCCCCCUCUACUAAACCAAAUCCCAGUACCCCACCACUAUACUAAAUCCCAGCCCUUCCUCCCCUCUAUACUAAAUCCCAGUCCCCCAUCUACUAACCCCUGGCCCCUGUUUAAAAAUAAAACAAUAUUAGCCAACAAGCAGACUUCACUCACAUUGCCGCUGCCAGUAUGCAGUAACCCACUAAUCAAUUCUGUAUGCUGCCACUAUAACAGGCCGUUUUCAAAACUACAUGUAGUGUCAUUGUUAAUGGAGCUCUGGUUCCCAACCAAUUAUACAGAUAUUUGUGCUGGGCAUCUGGCAAAGCCAAGCACCAAUCACAAUUGCCUAGGAGACCAGUAUUAAUGCCUAUUUAACCAUUUCAUGUAAAAGUCUGGAGCCACUGAAAAUGACCCCAGAAGACAGAGGCUAUCCAGCUAUCCAUUGAUACAUGCUCACACCAAAUAUGCAGGGCGUUCUAUGCUAUUUUCCCUGCUUAGUGUGGUAUGGCACAGAAAGCCCUAACAUCCUUAAGGGAGUAAUAAUUAUAUUCCUUUACUUGCCUUUAUUCAUAUUUAUUAUUUUUUCUUUCUUGCCGGAUCACAAACCCUGAGCGCGGCCAUUUUGUUUUCCUUGUCCAUGAUGCCAGCUGUUUGCCCUUCUGUGGGAUUGGUUUACUGAUGGAUUGUGGGUAGAUUUGGUUGGUAACUGAAUCAGAACUUUGCUUUAAGCUCCGCCCAUUGUCAACUCUAGUGCGACUCAGAAUUUCUGUCGUUUAUUUAAACACUCAGGACAAACAAAGAGAUUCAGACACAGGGAGCUAUAUGGAAACAGGUUAGAUAAAGGUCUAUUUUUGGUGGCAUAGCAGCUUUAAUAUGGACCACACAUUUAUUUUUAUUUAUUUUUUAGAAAAAAGUUACCAAUGUUGGUUCUUAGUUGGCUAAAUACAUGAAGGCCAAAAUUUCAGCCUGAAGGAGGAGACAGGUCAUAUGUUUUAAGAAUAUUAUACUGCCCUUAAUGACCAAUAUACCGUCAAAUAAUCUUAACCUGACAGUCUACUUCAAAGAACAGCUUUAAUUACUGGUAAAUCUUAAAGGGACACUAUAGUCACCAAAACAACUACGGUUUAUUAAAUAUGUUCUGGAGAGUAUACUCAUUACCUUCAGGCAUUUUGCCGUAAAUACUCUCUUUUCAGAGAAAAUGCAGUGUUUACAUUACAGCCUAGUGAUACCUUCACUGGCCACUCCUUAGAUGGCUGCUAGAGGUGCUUACUGGGCAGUGCUGCACUGUAAGCAGCACUGCCAUUCAGUGACUCCAUCCUCUGCAUGUAGACACUGACGUUUUCUCAUAGAGGUGCAUUGAUUCAAUCCACCUCUAUGAUGAGAUGCUGAUUGGUCAGGGCUGUUUGACUUGUGCUGGCUCUACCCCUGAUCUGCCUCCUUGACAGUCUCAGCCAAUCCUGUAGGAAAGCAUUGUGAUUGGCUCAGAACAACACUUCUGAUGAUGUCAGCCAAGCAGGAAGAUCAGGGGCACAUUUUACUAUAUUUGAGGGGACAUGGGGGAGUAGGGGCAGAUGGUAGUUUUAACACAUAGGGUCAGGAAUACAUGUUUGUGUUCCUGACCCUAUAGUGUUCCUUUAACUUGCCCUCUGUUUCUGAUGAGGCUUAUGAAACACUUUCCUACUUAUCUAUAAACAUUUGCCACCCCUGAAAACCAAGAUCAUUUAUACCCUGACCUAUACUGGGCAAUUUAAUCAACAUUUAAAUUGGCAUGCCUCCCAACCAUCACCCAGACAGUUACGGUUUUUGGGUCCUUUCAAGGAACUAUAAAAUAUAACAGAAAUUAUGUGUAGUUGGCGCUAGUAAAUGCAACAAAUAUUCCCAGUGUCAAUGAUCACCUACUUUAGCAUAAAGUAAUAUGACAUAUAUAAAAGGUGGGGAGUGCACAUAAAACAACAAAUACUUAUAGAGAUCUUCGUAAUAAGUAAUAGUUGGUUGGUUAUAAUUAGUUCAGAGCUUUAUAGAAAACAUAAGAACAGAUGCUUUCAUAGCGUAAUACAGUCGUAUUUUAUAUAUAUUAAAUGAAGACUUUUCCACAGAACUAAUCACAUUUACCAGAGCCACAUAUAGCAGACUCUGGCUGGUAAAGCAAGUAGUUUGAUCUAGCACUCUCACUACGACGCCCUGUGGCGGGGCUCCUGUACUCAGACUGAGUCCCUCUGCCAGGUCAGUUUCCUAGCUACUGCCAGGACUCUGAAGCACUUCAGACCCAGUCGCCAAAGCUUGACUAGAGUCUCUGAGGUCCUCUUGUCUGGACCAGGCUGCAGUGAUUGUAGCUCAAGACUUUCUCUCCUAUAGAUCAAUUAUAGCCAUAUUAACCCUUCCACCAAAUACUAAUCAAGGCAUAGCAUAUGGUAAAACACAACUGAGCUUUAUUGAUAACAGCACAUCUAUUUAUACCCCCAGCAGCCUCAUUUAGAUAUAGUAUACACAAGUCAACCAAUGGCAGGAUGGACUUGGGAUAGCAACCAAUCACACUACAGAGCUUAAUUACAUUAGUGUGAAUGUAGCACUGGGGAUAGACAUUAACAUGGGCUGUUAAUCACAUGGGGGAUUUAAAUGAGAUUUAAAUGAGGGACAGGGCAGCGUAGAAGUGACCCUCAAACAAUAGGACAACACCCUGCUGGGGAAACAAUAAGACAGGAAAGGGGUUGGAGGAAAUGUACAUGGAGUGUGUGUCUGCUAGUGUGUGUCUGUCAGUGAAAGUGUGUGUUGGUUAAACAGUGUGUGCCAAUGACUGUAUGUAUGUGCCAAUGACUGUGUAUAUCAGUGCAUGUAUCAAUGAGGGCAUUUGUCUGUCAGUCAAAAAAGUGGCCUUGACAAGAAUUGUUGGGGCAAAUUUAGAUUUUGGGGGUGCCAAAUCCAAAAUACACCACUGGCAUACAUACCAUAGAAUAACUCUACCAUCCCAAACCAGAUGACAAGCAAUUGAAAGUUGAUGAAUUGUCUGUUACACUAGUAAUUGGAGAAACAUGACAAACACAUACCAUGGGGAAGAAGUAGUUACAACUGUCCCUCUCUUACACCCAUCUCUCCAAAAACAGAGCCCCGUUCUAGGCCCAAACUGCUUCAUUAAGCUAAAGUUGCUUUGGCGACUACAGUGUCCCUAUAGAGCCUUGAUUUUAAUAUUGUUUAAUAAGCUUUACAAAUAUUUUAAUAUUUUUGGAUAAACUUUAAAAUGUUAAAUAAAAUCUUUUUAUAAUAUUUAAUCAUUUUAAAAAUGAUUUAAUCAGUUGGAAAACCUAUCCAACAAUAUUAAAUUGAGGCCUAAGUUGGCAAUGGACAUCAGAGUCCAGUUCAGACCAGGCACAGACACGGACAACGUUUCAAGUUAAGAGGAGAAAGUGGUAUAGUAAGAAGAUGAAGGUUUGAUGUGGAAUGAAAGAAUGGUAUUGGCCUGCUUGUGUGCCAUUGGGAUAGGCUAUCUACCACUGGGCCUACGUGUAAAGUGGCUACACAGACCAUAUCUCCACCUGUCAUCUUAAUAAUAGGCUAAUGUGCUAGUAUUCAAAUAAUUGAAAUGUAAUGAUGGUUCAUUCAAAGAUUUAUUUGUAUUACAAUAUCCAUCUUAAAAAAUUAACAUUAGCAUUACUUUAUCAAUAACUAGUCUACCUUAUUCUUCAGGCAGCACAAUGAAAGGGGAUACCCCCGUGAACAGCACCCUGAGUGUUGGGCAAGCCAGGAAAAUGGUGGAGCAGCUUAAGAUUGAGGCUUCCAUGUGCCGUAUUAAGGUAUGUACUCAGUGACUGAUAACAGUGCCCCGGUCAUGUAAGGUUGUGUGUAGCAUUACAGAAAAGUGUUAAUGUAUUCUACAUUUUUUUUUUUUUUUUUUAUAUUGACACAGUUAUAGAAAGACAUGUGUACAGGUACAUAGUGAAUAACAGGCAUAUACCACGUUGUAUACAGUUAUACAAAGAUUCAAAUGGCAUCAUAACCUCUGUGCAUAUAUUCAGUUUUUACAUGAGCAUUGUAGUACAUCAUUAUUCAAACACCACCUAAAUAUACCUGUACACUAGUGUGCGAACUGAGUCAAAAGUUAGUUUAUUUUCUUUGCGUAAGAAAGGAGAACUUGGGGAUGGGGUAGGAGGGUAUGGUGGCAUGUCGGGUGAGAGGGGUCCUUGGUUGCAAACUGGUGACUUCCUUCAGCCAAUCUUCUGUCAUAGUGUAGUCUCUGGGUGUGAGUGGUGUGAAAUCCCAACCUCGCUCUAGGUGACACAGUAAAGAUAAAUAUUGUACAGAGUAGGGUGCCCACCCCGGGUUCUACAUCCUUAUGGAGUUAGGGUUUGGUUGUGGUUUUGUUCGCUGUUACCUCUGGUAUGUAUCCAUACAAUAGUAUCGUCUCUGUGUGCAUAGCACCCCUUAUGAGGCAGGUUAUCGGACUAUGAGUCUGCCUAGUUGAACCAGAUUAAUGGUUUUGUCUGGAUUUUUGUUCGAAUUUGAUCCAUUUAUCCCAAGCUAUUUCCCAAUAAUACCUAUAAUUGGGGUGCUUCCUCUUGGGGGGCAUAUUUUGUUUCCUUAUCGCUAGUUCAUACAGACAUGUUUGGUCUAUUUGUUGUGUGCACCAUCUCAUGGUGGGGAUUGCCUGAGAGCACCAGUUUUGAGCUAUGAAUGAGAGCGCUACUAUAACUAUGUGGAACAGGAGAUAUUGCUCUGGCUUUGGUAUUGAGAUCGGGACAUGAAAUAGAAUAUAAUGUUCUAAGUGGUGGGGCAGGGUAAUGCCUGUGCAGUCCCAUAUGAGCUUUGCAACUUGCUUCCAGAACGAGAGAAGUCGAGGACAACUCCACCAUAUAUGUGACAUACAUCCAACUGCCGAUUGGCAUCUCCAACAAUGGUCGGACAAGUUAGGACUAAUGCGGUGAAGUUGUGCUGGUGUCAAAUACCACCUGUAAUUGAAUUUUUUUGCUAGUUCAGUAUGUUUGGUGCAAAGUGUCAGGUUUUUAGGUGUAGUGCUCAUUCUUUCCCAUUCGUUUUCAGUGAAUGAUUUAUUCAAUUCAAUUCCCCAUACGUUAAUUAAAUAAUAGUCUGUCAGUUUAUAUUUUUGAGGUAAUGCUGCAUAUAUCAGGGAUAUAAGUUUUUCUGGAAUGUAUUCUACAUUGUAACAUAGGUUAACACACAAAAAAAAAAAAAAUAUGUUGUCUUUUACAAGGGUAUACCAUUGCCUUUUCUGACAUUUAGAUAAUUCCACCUAACAGAUUAUGAAUUCAAGGAAUAACGCUGCAUGCAAACACACCUUAUUAAAACACCACACCCCUGCAUAUUCAAAAACCAACACUAGACACAAAUGCAUGCCUGUUUUCAAAUGCCAACACUACAUCCCCUACAUUCAAAAGCAUUUUUAAAAUGAACAAAGCUUAUUUUUAACAACAAAAAUAUUUUUUUAAAGGGACACUAAAGUCACUAGAACCACUACAGCUUAAUGUAGUGGUUCUGGUGUCUACAGUCUGUCCCUGCAGACUUUUCAUUGUAAACAUUGCCUUUUCUGGGAAAAGGCAGUUUUAACAUUGCUGCCUAGUAACACCUCUAGUAGCAAUCACUCAGACGACUACUAAAGUGCUUCCUAUCUCAGAGCUGCACAUGUGGAGCACUUAGGUUCAGCGUGUCCACACUAUGCAUGGAGAUACUGAGCAAUCCUCAGAGUUGCAAUGAUUCAAUGCAUCUCUAUGAGGAGAUGCUGAUUGGCACGCAGCCUUUUGACGCGCAUGCGCAAUGGCUUCCCAAUGCUUUCCUAUAGCAAGCAUGAUUAUCUCAGCCAUGGAGGCGGGGCCAGCCGUGGCAAGGCAGGCACGGCGUGGGAAAAAAUGGUGAUUUAAAAAAAAACAACAUCCCCAUGUGAUCGGAAGGGGAAUGGUCACCUAAACAUACACAAUCAUCGACACAAACACUUCACUGCCUAAAUAAACCACUAUUUAGUAGGUAUAUCCCCAAUGAAAACAUGCAUGAAUUUAAUUAUGCAUUUCAUUUUCAUUGGGGGUAUAUCCAAAAACAGCUUGCAAAAGCGGCAGAUCUUGUCUCAGACUUUCUGUGGCUGCUGAAUUACAGACCAGUGCAGCUCAAUGAAAAAUCUUAGCAAGACAGGUGCUGUAGCCACUUGCCAGUCUCUUGAGUUUUGUUACACUAAGCUAAGCAACCAGGAAGUGACAGGACUGGUUGUCUGACUGAAAGCAAGGGGCGUGUACCAAGGUUAAUUUAUAAAAGUUCCCAUUCCUAUUGAAAUCUGUUUGUUUUUUUUAUACAAAAUGAAAGAGUACACUCUUCACAUGUAAAGCACUUCAGCAAGCUAAAGUGCUUUAUGAGUUUGGAGUGUUUCUUUAAUAUGUUUUUGCUAGUGUGAGUAGGCUUUUGACACUGUUACAUGACACAGCAACAUACUAAGGAUAUUUUUUACUCAGCAAUAAAUGCAUAUUCAAGUACAAAAAAACAAGUCCUGCGCUCAAACUCCCACUACUCUUGGGCGGCAGCAAUGACCAUAGUACACAUCAGCCCAAAUCCAUACAGUAAAACCCAAAGAAAAUAAAAGUUACCUGUGCUCUUCCCAAAUCCCUAUGUAUAUUUAAACAUAUAAAUAUUAUUUCGUUACUUCAAUGGCCAUGAGAGGGAAUGCCCACCUGCCACGCCAAGGCAAACCUCUUAGGUGGGUCCUACACUAAGCAUUCAACUUGCUUCCUUGAACUUCUGGCAAGGAUAUCUCUAAUGAGACAGAGAGGGGUAUUUUUAUCUAAACCCCUACAUGCUUAUUAACCCUUAAUAGGGAACACAUGGGAUUGGCAGCAGCAUUGCAACCUAGCUGUGUGAUACAAAAGUGAAUGCAAAUACAAAAAACAAGUCCUCCGCUCAAACUCCCACUACUCUUGGGCGGCAGCAACGACCAUAGUACAAAUCAACCCCAAUACAUACAGUAAAAACCAAAUAAAAAAUAAAAAAAAGUUACCUGCACUCUUCCCAAAUCCCUAUGUAUAUUUAAACAAAUGGACACUCAGAUCCUGGUGGAAUCUUUGGAAUCUGGAUGUACCAGUUAUAAAGCAGAGUUUGUCAAUCCAGACCCCACGUAAAUCCAUUUGCAAAACCUGAACUUAAAAUGCAAUUCAUACUUACACAACAUUUAACAAAACAAAAACGGAUUUGUGAAUAACACCUCAAUGGGGGAUGAGUUUAAAAAGUGGUUCCCAUGUGGAAAUUUGGACAACAGAACCUGGGCUGCCAUCAGAAAUUUUGAGCCCCCUAACACAGCUGAAGGUCUGGGCCCCCUUGGGUCUACCUCCAAAUCCGCCCACAAAGAAGCAGUGUUUGUAGAGUGGGUACAGGGUGUGUUUGUGUAUAGUAUGCAGUGUGUAAAGUGAACACGCACACUGAUAUACACACACACACACAUAAUCUGUGUUUGAAUGUAAGCAUAUUUUUGUAUGGAGUAUAUGUGUGAAUGUUGGUGUUUGAAUGCAGGUGUGCAUUUGUGUGUAGUGUAUACACUACCACAGACACACACACCCACACUGAAACAUACACAGACACUCAAAAUAUUUACAGAGAACGAACACACAGAGACAAACACAGAUAUUCCUGACAUACACACACUGACACAUAGAUACAUAAUAAAAGACACAUACUGAAACAUACAUACGUACACACACACAUACUGAAACAGACACACACAAACAUAUACACUGACAUACAUACACACACACACAUAUACUGACAUGCAUACAGACACACACAUGCAGCUAAUUUUUCAGCCACCCUCCUGUUUUUUACCUUUUCGAUGCAGGAGGAUGGCUGUGGCUUAUGGGAGUCAGUCUGGCUCUCCCUCUUCACAGCCUGUCAUCUCCAUCCUACGUGGAAUAAGCUGGGAGGAAGUGACCAGCCAUCACUUCCUCCCAGCACUAGUUGCGGCUGACAUCAUUAAAAGGGGUCCGGUCACGCUGUCAAAGCGCCACAGUGCUGACCAGUCCCCUGAACAUAUAUGCCCAUAGGGUGGCUCUAAGUGCAUGGGCCCAAUCAGGGUGUGGGCACUGAUGCAGUUCCACCAGCAGCAGUUCUGCCACUACAUGUGGGGCCCAGAGCCCCCCAGGAGAUACACAGACACAAAUAUGCAUACUGAAACAGGCAUACACAUACAACAUACAUACUGACACACAGACACAUAAUAACAUACAGACAGACACACAUACAUACACCCCUGAUGGCGCCCCUAAACAGAACAGUGCAACUGCUAUAACAAACCAAAAAUAUAUUUUAUUUAUUACGAAUCGUGACAGAGACCAUGAACAAAAAUUAGAGAAAGAGUAAUUUUUUGGGAUCAUUUUAUUUUGUAUUCCCCAUCUGACACCUGGACCUACUUGUACUGUACAAGAUAACACUGUCAUAACAAACAGACCCAAAGCAUGAGAAAAGAAGUCUUACACAAAAUACAUUUAUUUACAAUUCAUACAAAAGGCAAAAAUGUUGGGCAGAAAUGCAACAGAAGAAAAAUUGUUUACUAAUUUUGUAGGCACUUGAAUGUCAACUGUCCCAUGCUCCAAAAUGACAGACAAGCUUAGUUAUUCACUGAAGUGAAAAUUGUUGAGAAUUCAAAAUAAAUUUCAGAUUUAAGGCUAAAAUAUCAAAGUUGAAAGCACUUUGGCUUUUUUGGCCUUGAAUUUGAAAUGCACAUUGUAUUCUUGAUAAUUCUCUCUUUAGUACCUUGAGGAUUAUUCACAUAAAUUAUUAACUAAAUGCCACAUUUUUGAGAAUUAAAUUUGAAUGGCAAAAGUGAGGUAAAAUUAGGAAUAGUCUUCUGAAGUGGUACACCUAGUAACAUAACCACUACAAUUCAGGUCAGUGGUUAUAUUGCCAAAUGGUCUGCAGUUGAUUGUUUGGUUUCUUGUCAAUUCAUUUGGCUGCAGUUUGACAAAAAUAACAUUAUCCCUGGAACUAAGAGGUUGAUUCCUUAUUAACCAACUUAACGAGGCGUAAUUUACGCAUGCAAGUAAACCUUUUGACAUUCAAAAAACAAUAUCACAUUUUAUGUUGAGUUAGAGUUACCCCAUGCUUUCAACUUUAUACUCAUAUCAAGCUCAAAAAAACUUUUUCUUUCCCUACAGGUCUCAAAAGCUGCUUCUGACCUUAUGACUUUCUGUGACGCCCAUGCCUGCGAAGAUCCCCUCAUCACUCCAGUGCCCACUUCCGAAAACCCUUUCAGGGAGAAGAAAUUCUUCUGUGCUCUCCUCUGA